AUGGUUGGAUAUUCGAGAGUUAUCCUAAUUUCAUUGAGCAUUGGAAUGACUAUACAUCUAAUAUUUUAUUUUCUUCGCGAAUUAUUUGGAAAGAUUCUGCUAUUAGAUUGUGCUCAUCGAUUUUCGCAGAUUGUUGUUUUCAUGCUUCAAUCAUUUUUCAGUUUGGAUAGAUUGUUAUUCAUAAAAUCGCCCAAUUUUUAUAAAAGUUCCACGUAUUUUCUGUUGGUUCUCGCAGUUUCGACCAUGAUUUUUGGAAUAGCGGUGAAGUUUUUGUAUUCGGUGAGUUUUUCACCUGUUUUCUGAUUUCUUGAUUCCUUCAUAUUGCAGACAUUGAUCGAUGGAUUGCAACAGAAAAUGCAGCCAGGAUGGCUGAUCUUCUUCAUUUCCCUGAUUCUUGUGAAUCUUCCCAUGGAACUUGUGGCGAUGAAAAGUUCGCGAGACAAAUAUAAUCGCACAACUGGAGUCCUAAAUCUAAAUCAACGCUUCAAUUUAUCGAUUUCCUAUGAGAUGACAAGAUGUUUUGUGUUCGGCACAGUGUUCAAUAUUCUAAUCCAGAUAUUUUUGGUUUUACUAGGCUGGCUGAUUUUGGUUGAUAAACUUUCCUGGACUAUGGUUGAUUAUCGGAUCAUAAAUCAAAUCACUUUUGCAUUCGAAAUGUCAAUCUUUCCAUGGAUCUUAUUGUUUUGCCAUCGACAAUGGAGGGAUAAAACCUGGAAACGGAUUAAUCCCUGGAUCAGCGGUCGGAAAACAAGUAUUGUUACCAAUUUAAAGGGACAGACGAUUGUGACAAAUCCCACGCAACACGAUUAUUUCGAACAAUUGGAUGCGGCUUGGCGAGGAGGACCUGUGACUAUUGUUUAG